AAAUAAAAUCCCGCGUACAUCUACGUCGAAGCAAUUGUGGAGCCAUCGCCGAAGACAAAGCAGAGACAAACCCCAGCCCUCAAUCAUCAAUUCGCAAGUGCUUGUCCCUACGGCACUUUUUUGCAUCCCGCCUCCAAUCCAGUCCCCCGUAAUCAUCGCACGAUAAUGGCUUCAAUUGCCACGCUUGAGAGGAUCCCCGCCGCCAAGCUGCGUGAUUUGCUGCUGGCGGAGAAGGCCGACGACCCAAAAGUGGCCGUUGUCGACGUGCGCGACGAUGACUACAUUGGCGGUCACAUCAAGGGCGCCCUCAACGUGCCCUCGCAGCAGCUCGAGGCGAGGAUGCCCACCCUGAUCCGCCAGCUGCAGGACAAGCCCACGGUCAUCUUCCACUGCGCGCUGUCGCAGCAGCGAGGACCCGGUGCUGCUCUGCGGUACAUUCGGGAGCGUGACGAGGCCCUCAAGAAAGCAAAUGACAAGGACGCCGCCGCAUCGUCAGCACCCGGUGCGUCACAGCCGGUUGAGCAAAAGGUCUACGUCCUCGACAGGGGAUUCGUCGGGUGGCAGGAGGUCUACGGCGAGGAUGAGAACCUGACCGAGGGCUAUCGGAAAGAGCUCUGGAAGGACGGUUACUGGUGUUGAGAACUGGGAACUUGUGCUGUUUUGUUUCGCUUCGUGCUUGUUUGGAACUCUGGCGCGGACCGUUCUUUCCCGCGAUUGAAAGCUUCAUGUGGUUUCGAAAGUGGUACGUCGAGAAAGACAUGCCCGUCCAGCAUCGUGGGUUGAAGAGUUGGAGUGGUUGGUCCUGGACUCCUGAUCUGGAAUUGUCAUCGUGUACCGCAUUCCCGCAUUUUCCGUCCGGGUUCCAUGUUUAAUCUCCACGAAUCCCUUAGCAUAGAGCUAGCUAUCUGGUGCAACCGGUUGCUUCUUCCCGGAAAAGAGCUGUCCACUCAAUAUUCAUGGUUCUGCACGUGUGGAA